AAAUUUAGCAUCCAAGUAAAGUUUGGAAUCACUGCUCCCUCUCUAAACCCUAACCCCAAUCUCUCUCGAUUGAAUCAGUUUGGAAUCAUAGAAAGACGGGUAUAGGUAGAAGAGGAUUCAGGUUGUUUUGAAUUGAACAAGUUUGGGAGGAUGUCUGCGAUAGUGUGUGGGAAGAGAUCUUACUUCGACGAUCUUCCCAAUUCACCAUCAUCGGUGUCGCCUCCUGUUUCCAAAAGGCUUCGUUUUCAUUCCUCUGCUUCGCCGUUUCGCUCUUCCCCCUCGCCUCCUAGGCCCUCUCCUGUCGAACAACUCCGAGCUCUUUUCCCCGGCAUGGACAAUCAGCUUCUUGAGAGAGCACUAGAGGAAUGUGGAUAUGAUAUGGAAUCUGCCAUUAAGAACCUACGUAAUCUUUGUCUUGGACAAACAGAGGGCAACUCAGAAUCUGUGGCAAAAUCAACCCCAGAUUCAGAGACAGGUGUUGCAACUGCUGAUGGUAUUCCACCAAAGGAUAAUCUGGCUCAAGAUAACCUCCAACUGGAAGGUGCAGAAUGGGUGGAACUGCUCGUGAGAGAAAUGCAGAGUGCUACUAGCAUGGAUGAUGCUAGAUCCCGAGCAACAAGAGUGUUGGAAAGUUUAGAGAAAUCUAUUUCUCUUCGUGCUAGUGCUGAGGCUGCACAAAGUUUUCACAAGGAAAAUGCGAUGCUCAAGGAGCAAGCUGAAGGUAUUUUACGGGAGAAUACUAUCCUUAAGCGUGCUGUAGCUAUCCAACAUGAACGUCAGAAGGAGUAUGAUGAGAAGAACCAGGAGGUGCAGCAUAUGAAGCAGGUGGUAGCUCAAUACCAGGAGCAGUUAAGGAACCUCGAGGUUAGCAACUAUGCUUUGACAAUGCAUUUGAAGCAGUCUUUAGAAAGCAAUUUCAUGCCUGGGAACUCGAAUAGAGAUGUGUUUUAAAACUUUGCUUCAAGUGUCCAGAACAAUCAACAUGUGGUCUCAUUACAGAAGUUUACUUGCAUAUGAAACGGUCAAGGAAGUUUAAGGAAAUACAUCUAUGAUAUAGUAGUUGCAAUAUCAAGUCGAGGUAUCUGUGAAUGGUCAUCACAGUCCAUAAUCACAAAUGGUGCGGUGUGUAAUAGAAAGUUGGUCAAUUAUUUUCAGAUUUCAAACAUGACUGAGCUUGAAUUAAACUAUUUGAAUUA